AUGGAACGUACUAUUACAAAAGAUAAUAAAAUAAUUCCAUCCGAAACGCCAUUACAAAAACCAUCGCUUGAAGAAGUUGAAAAAAAAGAAGCUGAACGACUAAAAAAUACAAAUGAAGAGAAUAAACCGAAAGAAGGUGGAUCUGCUGGUAGAGUAUUGAUUGGUGCUAAAACUGUUAACGAUGUUAUGAAUCCUUCUCCACGUAGAUCCAAUACUUCAUAA